AUGAGACGGGGUGUGACAGGACAGAAACCGCAGUCCCGAGAGGAUGCGAAAACCGGGCUUAAAGUGAAAUGCCACCGUACGGCCGAGGCAUGCCUCGAUUUCCGUCUCUGUAUUGGCCUAAUUUCGGAACUUUUUAUGGUCCACGGCUCCUCGUGCCGCGGAGGAUUGCACUUGCCGCAGAGUCAAGCUCGCACCUCUCUUACGGCAGGAGCCCAUUCGACCUGCACACGUAGAUACAUAUAUGUGAGCUAUCCGAUGGCCGCAAUAUCGCAUGUAUCCAUCCUACAAUCCUCUGGCGAGUGCCACCGCGAAGAAGACACCUGGACAAGAAUCACUCGCUUACGAGGCACAGUCACCCUCACGCCAUAG